UCUUCGUUCAAUAAGACAAUACUCUUUCGUUUACCAAUCGUGAGUAGAAGUAAUACGUUUUGCAUAUUGCAUGGAAUCUACUGGCCCCUCAACAAGAAUGCUUCUUCGCAUAUUUCAUGGAUGCCGCCGAUCAAGUUCUUGUUCUUUUCUGUCUGUUCCUGAUACAUGGUGGACCAGCAGUGGCUGUCCAGGUCAUGUGUUUUGUUCUCCUAAGGGCUGAAGUGAAGCGGCAGAACAUUAUUUAGCAUACCACAAAUCAUGUUUUGGCCACUGAAGUCAACAGGUGCGGCUUGUAGGGCCUGACGCUGGUUUUUCGACUUGGAUUCUGAAUGCAACAUGAAAUAUUUUGGACGGCAGAUGUCUCUACCAGUGUUGGGUUGAGAUCUCUUCUGGUUUCUUGGUGUGCCACAUGUCAAACCGGGAUCAAGGGAUUGGUUUCGGAGGCAAGCUGGAGCUGCUUCGAUCCGGCGAUGUCGGUGGAGGAGUCCGAAGUCAUGGCGCAGCUGUUGGGGGGGUCUCAGAGCUUCGCAGGCGACCAUGAUCAACAGCAACAGAUGCUUUGGUCCGACCAUAAUGCCGAUUCUUACUACUGUGCUGCUACUUCUUACCCCGAUCCGUACUGUUGGCCGCAAGGCAACUGUAGCAGAAGCAGCUCCACCGACUAUUACUACUUUAGCGAUCCCCACAUGGUUCCUGCGAUCGGCGUUAGCUCUACCCCGAUGAGUUUUAGCAUCGGCGGCGAGCGGAUCGACACCCCGUCCUUCCCCGUCGGUGCUCAUCAUCAGUUUGGCGCAGCGGUCUGCGUGACCGAGGAAGCCAGCGGUGACGAAGUCGUGGAUUCCUUGGCGAAGCCUCCUCCACCUCCUCCUGCGCAUGCCUCGCAAGCCAUCAAGAGAAGGUUGCAUGGUGGCGUCAUCGAGGUGGCUGCCAACACGGAAGAGGAUGACACCCAACUCCAGAGCCCCAAAAAGAAGGCCCGGGCAUCGGCACCUAUGCCUAAGAAGGGGAAGAAUGCGCAGUCCAAGAAGGCUCAGAAGAGUGGUGGUAGCUGCAACGAGGAAGAGAGCAAUGGCGACAUGAAUCCUCAGAGCUCCUGUUGCUACACCUCGGAGGACGACUCGAACGGAUCUCAGGAGCUGAAGGGAGCUGCUGCAUCUCUGAAUUCAAAUGGCAAGACGAGAGCUGGUCGUGGCUCAGCUACCGAUCCCCAGAGUCUCUAUGCGAGGAAGAGGAGAGAAAGAAUCAACGAGAGGUUGCGAAUUCUGCAGACUUUGGUCCCGAAUGGAACAAAGGUUGACAUCAGCACAAUGCUCGAGGAAGCAGUUCAAUAUGUGAAGUUCUUGCAGCUUCAAAUUAAGCUUCUGAGCUCUGAUGACUUGUGGAUGUAUGCACCCAUUGCAUACAAUGGCAUGAACCUCGGGAUCGACCUGAACAUAGCUUCAAAAUCUCAGCAGUGACAUCCAUAUACAAUCUUCCUUUUUCUUCUUUUUUGUCCCCUAAAAUGUUUUGAAUUUUUGGGUAAUUUCCGCAGAGCAAAGGGAUCAUCAGUACUUGACUAGCAAUUAUGAGAAGCGUGUUGAUGAUUCAAAUUGACCAAAUCUCAUGUAUUCUUGACUUAUUUCAUCAGUUUUGACUGUUAACUGAUGGAAAGAUUGGUCCAAAACCACAGAUGAUGUAAAUGAGGGCAACUGCCUA